CAGAAAGAACAGUAAAAAUGCAGGCAGGGCACAGGACAAAGCAGUAGGGACAAAAUUGUAUUGAGUAAAUGUCACUUUUAAAACUUUUGAAUUUCCCGCCGGCUCCGUCCCCCAUACGUCCCGAUGCUCGCAGGGACCGGAACCUGGAAGACAGAUGCUGGCAUCGGCCGGAGGAGAUGGCUGGGGAUGCUGCAGGGGGGACAUCACGGGAGCGCAGGACAAGGUAAGUGAAACAGGGAUCCCGGAGCAACGCAGCAGGGAAAUCCCGAGUGUAGCUUGGGGUUACCGCUUUUGGUACUGAAA